AUGAGGAAAGGUGGCGUUCUGUUCCUUUUGGUUAUCAUCUUCCUGACUCUGACUGGAAUUCAAGAUAAGGGAGCCCCAAUAAUGAGGAAUGGACGCUGUUCCUGCAUCAAAACCAACAAAAGGACCAUCCACUUAAAAUCCUUAAAGGACCUUAAACAGUUUGCCCCAAGUCCUUCUUGUGAGAAAAUUGAAGUCAUUGCUACAAUGAAGAAUGGGGACCAAACAUGUCUAAACCCAGAUUCAACAGAUGUGAAAGAACUGAUUAAACAGUAGGAUAAACAGGUCAGCCAAAAUAAAUCGCAAAAGAAAGGAAUAAAACAUCAAAAAAGCAGAAAAGUUCUAAAAGUUAAAAGAUCUCAACGUCCUCAUCAAAAGAAGACUACAUAA